AUGUCGCAGGUGAACCUGCGGGUCGCUGCUCAAGUCAACGGCACAACCGGCGUAUACAAUUCGUCCGUCACCCCAUCCAGUCUUCCGUGGAACACGUACAACUAUUGCAACGCGCCCCAUGUCAAAGUCGCGCAUUACUCCGAGCCAAAGACCGGCGAUGCCGAGCUGGUGUACAUGAACGUCAUGUUUCGCCACCACAAGGCUCGCCCUUCGCGCACUCCCGACAACCUUUACCCGAACGAGAAUGUGCUGAACCCCUUCAGUGGGUGGGACUGCAGUGAUUUUAUCCAGUUGAACUACGCUAGCGGAACAGCAGUCGUCUUCCACGAGACCGUCAUACCGGCGGAUCACCCGUUCUUGAGCCAGAUCUGGAACGGGACGUGCGACGCGGGGCAGUUCACGGCGGGUGGGCUUGCAGACGCAGUGAAGCACGGUCAAGACUUCUGGUCGGUAUAUAGUCACAAGCUGGGUUUCCUUAAGACCGUCAACCAGAAAGACAUGUACAUUCGGACCUCCACCGAGGACCGGACCCAGCAGGUCGCGAGCGGCCUUCUGUUCGGUAUGGACCCGAAUAUUGUCAAGAGUAGCAAGAAGUGGCCCUUGAGGACGCAGCCUUCGAAUAUUGACUCGCUUGUUCCUUCGUAUUCGUGCCCGGCUGCGGAUGCCAUCCGUGACGCAUACCAAUCUGUGCCUGCGUGGACGGACCAUUUGGUCGCCAACCAAGACCUCGCCGAUAGGUUGGGCAACAUGCUUGGAACGGCGAACAUGAGCGCAUGGACGUCUUGGUAUGACCACUACUUCGACACCUUCACCUCCCGCACGUGCCAUGGGCAUUCUCUGCCAUGCAACACGAGCGGCGCCUGUGUCUCGCAGACGGACGCGGAUCGGGUAUAUGCCCUCGGGGACCUUGAGUACAACUACAUCUGGAACGCCGCGGAGAAUGCUACAACGUAUAACCAACUCACCUUUGGCGUGAUGUUCUCUGAGCUCGCGGCCAACUUCCGCUCCUUCAAGUCCGGAAGCGAGACCUACAAAAGCCGUCUAUACGUUGGCCACGACGGGUCGAUGAUCCGCCUGGCCUCCGGCCUGGGGUUAGGGAAGCUCGCGCCAUUAAGGUGGCCGGCUCUCGGCAGCGAAAUUGUCAUGGAGGUGUGGAAAACGUCGGCAGACGGGCUGCGAGUCCGCGUCAUGCACGAGGGAACGCCUGUGUCGUCGUUGACCUGGGUUCCAUUGGACGACUUCAUCAACUUGCUGGAGGCGCAGGUUCCAUCGAAUAUAUUCGGAAUAUGUAAUGCAUGA